CAGUAAACUGAGGAAAAAUUGAUCCCCAAGGACUUUAUACUGGGCAGUCCUAUUUCAUUGUCACUAUUGAAAUGGACAUUACAGACACGGAGAGCAAAUGAGCGGUCGGUCAUAAAGGAUUAAGGAGUGGUUUGGAUGGAUGUCGUUCUAGCUAGGAGAGAAUGGUAAUGUUGUCUUAGGAGGAAACUGGGUAAAGGGUGUGUGAAGUAUCCCUGCUGUUCCUGCAAUUGCAUGUGGAUUUAUGCUUACUUCAGAAUCAAAAGCACAGUUUGAAAACGGAAACCACACCAGACUGAUGCUUUUUCCAAAGAAUGGUAUGUCCCUCCUAGGAAAUGGGAAAUGGGAAGCAGAGGAAGUCAAGUGCUUGAGAGGUCAUGGCAUCUGAGGACAGGGCACAGAUUGUAAAGGCCCUUGAAGGCCAAUGAGAGAAUUCAGCUUUUCUUUGGAUGGGCUAGGAAACUAUUGCAGGAUUGUUAAUAGAUUAUGAAUGGACUGGGCCCUCAUAGGGUGACUUUGCCUGCUAUUCCAGGGGACCUGUUAGGCGGCUCUUCCAUUAACUUGGGGGAAGGCAUGGUGGUGCUUUUUUCCAGGGUAACAGCAGUAGAGACGUGAGGGGAGUGAGUUCUAGGUAUGGUUUGAAGCGGGGUUUUCAGUGCUUGCUUACACUUGGCUGUGCAGAGCCAGAGGAUGAAGUGGCAGGAGGCCCAAGGCUGCGGUUUGAACACCUCAGAUUGGAGACAGCAGUGUGUGCUACGUGUUUUCGCUGCGGGGAACCCCUGCUCUACCCUCUGGUAGCUGGCUGCUGGCUCCUGACCCUGAGCUCCUGUUGAAGCUGGGAAGGGGAUGAGAAUAGGGUAGGUGAGCUCCAGAGAAGCCAGCCCUGCCAGAGACCUCCAUUUUUGGUGGAUGGUGCUCUGAGCGACAGUGCGCUUCAGCAUUUGGAUCUAUGGACCUGCUUUGAACCAUAGAGCCUGCCUAUGGGGGAAGGUGACGCCAUCUGGGCCCCAUCCAUCCUUCCUCACAGCACCCUCAGCACCUUAAGCCACCACCCUGAGCUACAUUUUGGAGGAAAGAUGGAAUCUAAGGUCUCAGAAGGUGGCCUGAACGUAACCCUGACCAUCCGCCUACUGAUGCAUGGAAAGGAAGUUGGAAGCAUCAUUGGGAAGAAAGGAGAAACAGUGAAGAAGAUGCGUGAAGAGAGUGGCGCCAGGAUCAACAUCUCGGAGGGAAACUGCCCGGAGAGAAUUGUCACCAUCACAGGCCCGACCGAUGCCAUCUUCAAGGCCUUUGCUAUGAUAGCAUACAAGUUUGAGGAGGACAUCAUUAAUUCCAUGAGCAACAGCCCUGCCACCAGCAAGCCCCCAGUGACAUUGCGACUAGUGGUGCCUGCAAGCCAGUGCGGGUCCUUGAUCGGGAAAGGUGGCUCUAAGAUCAAGGAAAUCCGGGAGUCCACAGGUGCUCAGGUCCAGGUGGCGGGUGACAUGCUGCCCAACUCCACAGAGCGGGCAGUGACUAUCUCAGGGACCCCAGAUGCCAUCAUCCAGUGUGUGAAGCAGAUCUGUGUGGUCAUGCUGGAGUCCCCACCGAAAGGUGCCACCAUUCCCUACCGCCCAAAGCCCGCCUCCACCCCUGUCAUUUUUGCAGGUGGUCAGGUAAGAGCCGACCCGCUCGCGGCCUCCACUGCCAACCUCAGCCUUUUACUGCAGCACCCGCCGCUGCCCGCCUACACAAUCCAGGGACAGUACGCCAUCCCCCACCCAGAUCAGUUGACCAAGCUCCACCAGUUGGCCAUGCAGCAAACCCCCUUUCCUCCCCUCGGACAGACCAACCCCGCUUUCCCCGGAGAAAAGCUGCCUUUACACUCCUCCGAAGAAGCUCAAAAUCUGAUGGGCCAGUCGUCAGGUCUGGAUGCCAGCCCCCCGGCCAGCACUCAUGAGCUCACCAUUCCCAAUGAUCUUAUAGGCUGCAUAAUUGGACGCCAGGGCACCAAAAUCAAUGAAAUCCGACAGAUGUCUGGAGCUCAGAUCAAAAUCGCCAAUGCCACCGAAGGGUCGUCAGAGCGUCAAAUUACCAUCACAGGGACCCCAGCCAACAUCAGCCUUGCCCAAUAUCUCAUCAACGCUAGGCUGACGUCUGAGGUCACCGGGAUGGGUGCACUCUAACCUACCCAAGAUCCUCCAUUCCACACAUCGGAUGGCUCCAGCCUGUAGCCUCACCAGCUGGCACACUGUACAGACUGCCUGUCCUUCCUUGCAGAUAUGAAUAGAGCGUUUUCUGUACAGAUGAUAGUGCGUGUCUGCCCACUCAGGCCCUGUGCGCUCCGUAUUAGUGUAGCCUCCACGCAUUGGCAUGCAGCUCUUUACUUUAUGCCCAGCGUCUUCCCAGAUGUGAUGUUUCAGAGAUUUAUUCCUCAGUAUCCAUGUGACUAUCUGUUUAAAAGUUGGUUUGAUGCUUUCACAGCACUUCCUGUGUCCUGCUGUCCCUUGUUCUCAGAGACCCUCCUCUCUCACUUGUCUAGUGACUCAUUCCCACCCUAGGCUGUACGCAGGGAUCAGAGGUACUUUUCUUGCAACCUUCAGGGAGCAUUUGGAAGAGGAGGGACUUGGGGGGGUAUCUAAGGAGCAAGGUGAAGUGACAGAGGGUGGGGUGGGACCCUUGCUUCACUGGGAUAUCUCGGGGAGGGGGCACUUGUGGCCCCCCUGUGUCUUCCAAGAUGGCUAAGAACAAGGACUUACCAGAAAGUUCAUCUGCACCCAUCAGAGUUCAAUAAAUGUCGUGUUCCUCCCACAUG